AUGUACUCGGCUCCUUAUGGCUACGGCAACGCUGCAGGACAAGCUUUCAAUGGUGCCCCACCAGGCCAGAGCCCUCAGAUGCAGCCCGGUCCUGGUCAAAACCAGCCUCAGCAGCAGAUGAUGUAUAACCAACAAUUCUCCAUGGGACCAUCUGUCUCUGGUGGGUAUGCUGGUGCUCACAACCCAGGCGCAAUGAUGCCGGGUGGUGGUGCUGGCCCUGCAGGAAUGAUGCAAAAUACCGCCAUGCCGCAGAUGCCCGCUAACGGUCAGAUGAACUUCCAUACGCCUUAUACAAGCUCGCCCUAUGGAGCCGGCGUUCCGUCCACUUCAGGCCCCCAAGGCCAGUUCAAUCCCAAUUAUAUGAUGGGUGGGCCCAUGGGAGGUUAUCCGAUGAACCAGCAACAGCAAUUGAUACAACGCAUGCAGCAGCAGCAGCAGCAGCAGUCACAGCAGGCUUCUGGUGGCAUGGGCACUCCAACACCACCUCGUCAGUUUCCCGGCUCACAAGGGACACCAAAUCCGACGGUACCUGCUCAACAAGGCCAGUUCGGGACACCUUCGAACCCUCAAGCCGCGGCGCAGAGCCAGACUCCGACGCAGGCACCACCAUCGGCGAAUAGCGUAACGACUCCUCAGACUCCAACCUUUCCCAUGACAGGGCAGGGAGCGGUCAAUGGAAAUUCAACUCCAUUGAGCCCCAAUUCGCAGGCCAAGGGGCAAGAGAGGAUCUCGCUGCUGUUGGAGAUCAAUCAGGAGCUCUUGUUCGAGGCGAUCAAUCUAAGGCAUAACUUAGAGGAGGUCAAACGGGAAGCAGCAAGUUCCGCGGCACCCGAGCAACAGAAGGAGAGGAAGGAGGAGGAGGAAGCGUUCGCUCAUGACUGGGCUCAGAGGUUGCAGGCUAACCUUGCCUACCUGGCCUCACUCGCGGACCGGAAGCAAUCAUCGCAACAUGCACCAGCCUACCUCACUCCACCGCCCCUUACGCUGAGGCUCAAACUCAGGCCGAUGGCGGCAACACCGGAUGCCGAAAAAGUCGACGGUUCUGCGGACCGCGAGGAGAGGGAGAAACUGAUGAGAGAACAAUACCAGAAGCUGCAGACUCUUUUCCCCGGCAUCGACCCGAACAACGUGCCCGUAUCCAGACCCCAGAUGAAGCCAGGGGCUGCGAAUCCCGCGAUGGCCAUGCAGAAUGCACAGCGAAUGGGGAGCCUUGGAUCAAUACCAAUACCUCAAUCACCCGCGUCGUCUGCACAUCACGGUACGCCGCAGAUGUCGAAUGCUGCAACACCGACAAACCAGGCCAACUCGGCUUAG